AUGGUUAUGUUAGGUUUUAUUGCUGAUGAUUCCAUAGGUUUUGAUCAAGUUGAACUUCGUGCUAUUGCCUUCUCAUGGUUUCAAGAUUGCGCAAGAAAUAAUGAUCUUCACAAAAUUUUACAAAUGCUUGCUUUAAUGCUUCUUAACCCAACAACAGCUAGGGUCUCAAUCCAAUUUGUUGAAAUGAGCCAACGUAUAACCCAAGACCAAUUAUCUAUAUUACCUUCAGAAAUAAAUUGUGUUUCUCUUACUACAAUUUCUGGAAGACAUGUAUUUCACCAUGUUUGUAAAGAUGUUGACAAACAACAACCAAAUACUUAUAUAAAUUGUGAUCCUUUUAAAAAUUCUUGGAUAUCAGGAUUAAAUCAAUUAUUACUUCUUCCAUCAGAUACAAUAAUAACACCAACAACAUUAAUUAAUAAAACUCCAACCAAUACAAAAUCAGAAAUUUUACAACAACAAAAUUUGAAACAAAAAUUUAUUAUUGAACCAAUAGUAAGCAGAGAUGUUGGAGGAGGGAGUACAAAUAAUAAUAACAACAGCACCCCAAUAAACAAUAGUUCUUCAGCUAAUAGAAAAUCACAUCAGCAACAUAAUCGAACAUUAUCAGACAUUCCUCAAUUUGAUAAUGAUGCAGAUUCUGUAGACGAUUCAAUAUCUUUAGAUUGUACAUUUGAUCAUGAAAUUGUUGAUACAGUACAAUAUUUGGUUGAUUCUGUGUGUGGAGAGGAAGAAGAAGGGGAAGAGGUGGUAGGAAAGGAAGGAGGAGAAGAGGAGGAGGAAGAUGAAUUAAAUGAAGCAAUUUUAUUAAAUAAUACAUUUAAUGGAUCUUCAAAUGAUUCAACAACAAUAAUAAAUCAAAAUAAGGAAGAAAUUAAAGAACCUGAUGAAAUUAGUUUAGUAGGCUCGCUAAAAACUUCAGCUGCUACAGCUGCUGCAUUACCUCGAAUUAGUGGAUUUAAUAAUAAUAAUGGAGGAGGAAGUGGUGGAAAUAAUACUUUGGGCAAUGUUGGGGAGUCAAUAAAAAGGAUUAGAACUGGACAUAGAAGACAAGAUUCGCUUCAAGAGUCGAUAUUUAGCACGGGCACACACGAACUACGUUUAUUUGACCCAACAGAACUCCCCAAUUCAACAUGUCCAGGUGAUUAUAAACAACCAUUACUUGAUGAAACAUAUUCACAUAUGUUAUUUUAUGCUGAAACACCUUCAAUGGUUGAUUUGGGUAGAGCAGAAAGAUUAUUUCAUAUAAUAGGGAUAUUAUUAAAAAGUGGGGAAAGAAUUGGAAAAGAAAUUGUAACGUGUAUGUUAUUUACAAAUGUUUCAAAUUUUACUGGUGAAAAGCAACAACAAAAUCAGAAAAAUCAAAAAAAUGUUUCGCAACAAUUAAUGGAAAUGAUGUCUAGUCAUUAUAAACAUAUACAAGGGGAAGGUUUUUGGGAAGAAGAAGAAAGAAAUAAUUCUGAUAAAGAACAACAACAUGAAAAUAAAACUACAACAACAACAACAUCGCAACAACAACAUAAAAAUCCUACAUUGUUGGAAACUUUUUCGACUAUUCUUCUAUACUAUUUUCGUUCUUAUUAUCUCAAUUCACCAACGAAUCAUGUUUCUGAAGAAGAUUUAGUUGCUUCGUGGAAAUGCAAAAUUUCUGCUUUGGAUUGUUUUUCUGAACUUUUACGAAUAUUAGAAGGAAUUGUUAGAGAUGCUGGUUCAAAAGAAUUUACAACAUUUGUACAACAUGCUUAUAGACAAACAAAAACACAAAAAGUAGUUUUAACAUUAAUGUUAGCUGCUGUUCCAACACCGUCAAAUCAAAAGAAUUGGAGAAUGCCACUAACAAUGGAUAUUGCUGAAUUUAAUAAUGGUCCAAAACAAAGUGGUCAUUUUCGUGACUUAAUAUAUGCUUAUCAUCGUUCUUUGUUAAAUUUAACUUCGUCUAUAGUUAUACUUGAACAUAGUUUACUUACUGGAAUGCGUUAUUUCAAUUCUAAUACCGCCUAUAAAAUACCUGUCAACUUUUCAACUCCACAUAUAACAGAAAAUCAAAUAAAUUACAAUUCAUCACAAAAUCGUUCAACUAUUCGAGAAUCUCGUUAUUCUGUUGUAGAACUUCGUCUAUUUUUGGGAGUUAUUCUAAAUGCUUUGAAACGAUGUCCUGAAAGGCAUGAACUUUGGUUGCAAUUUCUUAUAGGAAUUUUGCCUUAUUUGGAUAGAGCUCUAGCAACACAUGUUGUUCACGUUACCGAACAAAUAUGUCGAAAUCUUUGUGAAUAUUUUUUCUUAAAUAAUCCUUCUGGUGAAUGUUGGAAACAAUCAAUUAAUUUAUCAACAACUCCAACAACAACAACAACAACAACUUCACAUUUUUUGGAUAAUUCAAAAAAUGGAAUUAAUUUUGUUGAUUAUCGUUAUAUUCCGACAGCAAUGGAGGUUGAUGAAAAUAUUCAACAACAAUGGAUUGUUGGAGGUGGAGGAGGACUUGAAAUGACUACAACAAUAACAACACAAAUUAAAUAUCCUGCUAAUUAUAUUGUUAUUUUGAUGGAAUCCCUCAUGUCUAUUCUCCAUUUUUCAAUGGUUGAUAGUUCUACUUCCACCCCCUUUUGGCCACCACAACGUCUCUUUAACAAUAAUAUCCCAACUACAAGUAACAACUUUUCUCAAUCACAACAACAAUUAAUUAAUAAUUUAAAAUCUAUGGCAGCACUUUCUUCUACUCAAAAAAGUAUGAGUACUGGCGGUCCUUCUAUUCAACCAACUCAAAAUAUUGGUGGAGGAGGAACAACAGCAACAAAUACACCCUCCCUAGCAACAACAACUACAACAACAACAUCAUCAUCAUUUUCAUCUUCUAAUAUGACAAGUAUGGUUGGGUCAGCAAUUUCUGUUAUUCCUGGAACUGGUUUAAUAAAUAAUUUGUUUGGAAGGGUGUUUACAUCAACUGAUAGUUCGAAUUCUUCAAACGGAAAAAACGACAAUAUAGGCAAAACCUCUGAAUGGUUAGAAGCACAAAAAGAAAUGAUUAAACGUUUUCCGGGUGUAUUAGCCAUACUUUCUGAUAUAUGGACAUUUGUGGCUUCUUCCAUUACUGAAAAUAAUAAACAAUUACAGCAACAACAAAAACAUCAAAAAUUAGAAAAUAAACAAAAACAACAAUCUCAACAGUCAUCGUUUGAUACUUUUAGGGCAUUAAUUCCUCUCUUAAUGGAAAUAUUAAACCCAAUUGCUAAAAAACAUAAAAAUGUAUUAAUCAACUCUUUUGGUAUAAUGUGGAUAUAUAGAACAAAUAAACAUGAUCAUCAUCAUUCAAUAAAAAAUAUUGAUCAAUGUCAAUGUACUUUUGUUUAUUCUUCCCAACAACUUUAUGCAGCUAAAUUAUUGUUAAAAUUAAAAACCCUUAGUUUUAAUUCAAUAAUUUGUUCAAUAAGUGAAACUUUAAAGGAUUGUGUAAAUAAAACAAGUGGAAAAACGACUUCAUUCUACUCAUUAGAAGUAUCUCUAUUAGAACUCCUCCAUGAGUGUGUUAGACAAGUUACUACAACAGAAUUGAGGGAAUCUUGGAAUUCUUUACAAACUUUGUUUAAUGAAUCUACACUUUCUAUAAUGCCUGCAAGAGCUUCCUUUUUACAAUUUAUGAUUCUUGUUGAAUUUGUUCGCCGUGUUGGUCAAACAAUUUUUGAAGAUCGCCAUAUUAGCAAAACAAUUUUAGAUGUUUGUCAGAGAUUAACAGAAGCAGUAAAUUCAAUUGUUGGUUGGCAAUUAGAGUCUACAACAUGGUUGAAAAGAACUUUGGUUGUUAGGCAGGAUGCAGCUAGUCAAAAAUCGAUUCCCGAUCUCAGCCCUGUUUUAGACCAAAAAGCCUUGUCCUCUGUCUCUACAACCUUAGCCUUAAGUGCCUCAACACUUCCAUCUGAAGCUAGCUCUAUGAGAGGGUCAACAAUCUCUUUAAGCGGUCAAAGCGGAAUUCCUUCAUCAAAUAGAAUUCCUUCAUCAUUAGAUAUUCAAUCAACAUUUAGUGGAACAACAAUUGAGGGAGGUGGUGGUGGAGGAGGAAAGAAACAAACAUCUUCUAGUCUACGUUCUAGCAUUAAAGAUCAUAGUGGAAUUAAUAAAAAGGAUCCGAGUGAUUCAACACAAGCAAUAUUUUUAUUAGCUGAGAAUCUAACAGAAUUAAUUGAUUCAAUUACUCGAAACGAAGACAAAGACAAAUUACUUCCAACACUUCAAGCUGUUUGGAACAAUACCCUUCCCUACUUAAAAUCUAAAAGCGCUAAAAAUGUACGUUCAUUUUUGGCUAGUUCACAGCUGCUAGCUUCAAUGAGUUCAUUUAACUAUAUGCGCCCAAUAUGGAAGAAAAAUGCAAUGGAAUUACUUUGGGAUAAUUCUUUUUUCAAAAUGGACAUUCACGCGCUCAAAUCUUGGUUAGUUGUAAUUGACAAUUUGAUGACCAACGACAAGACAUCAUUUAAAGAGUUGCUUGCUCGAAUCACAACAUCAACUUCAACAACAUUUUCAACACUUAUAACUAGUAAAGAACAGGAAUAUGAAAUGCGAGCUCAAUACCUUAAACGUUUAGCAUUUGUUAUUCUAAGUUCUACACGUGACCAAUAUUCUGGGCAAUUAAAUGAAAUACAUGAACGCUUAACCGAAAAUCUGCGUUUAUGCCAAGCACCUGUAAUCCAUUCACAAGUUUUUACAUGUUAUAGAGUAUUACUUGUUAGGAUGAGCCCGCAUUCUUUUGUUUCUGUAUGGCCAUCAAUGAUUACCGAAAUGGUACAAAUUCUAGCCCAAAUUGAACAACAUUUGCUUACUUCUCCAAGUAACUUGGCAGCUUUUGACGAACAACAACGCUCAGCAAGGGAUGAUCAAUUAUUACAAUUAUUUUUGGCUGGAUGUAAAUUAUUAGAAACUUUGUGUAUUCUUCCAUCUGGUUAUGUACCUCAAUUUCAAAUGUGUAAAUGGACAUUUGUUUCACCAAUUGGUAGCGGCAAUAAAAGAAUAAAAAAUAAUAAUUAUCCACCAACUUCAACAAAUUCUAAUGAUUUAUUUGUUCCAUAUUCUGUUAGACUUAACCAAUUAUUAAAUGCUAAAUAUGGAGAAUUGUCACAAGAAGACUUGGAAAUUCGCUCAAUUUCUUUAUUUAAUGUAAAAACGCUCACUUCAUUAAACGAGUUACGACCAUUCUUUCAUGCUUUAGCUCAACAAAACAUUGAAUAUAGGCAUGGAAUUAAUGAUGAUGAUAUUUUACAAAAUGGUGGACAACAAUUAUCGUCGUUUGAAAAUUCUUCAUCUUCACAUAUUGGAGAAGACUUGACUGGUUCUCUUCCUCUCCGAGUGGCUAUUGCAAGGAUUGAACAAUCUUUAUGUGUUGAUUUUGCUGAACAUUGGCAACUUUGAAAAGUUGAAAUUAAAAUUGCAAAAUGAGAUGAAAAAUCCCAAAAUGCGGGUUAUUUAACAAAAAAGUGUGAGAGAAUGAUGGCUUUGCUUUUCUUUUUUUUAUAUUUAAUAGAAAUAUUAUUGUUUUAUGUUUAGGUUUUUUUGACUUUAGAAAGGUUCCGAAAAAUUGUUUUUUGACUCUUUUAAGAAUUUUUAGUAAGGUAUCCUUUCUAUUGAAAUUUAAUGUGUUUAUGUAUUAUUUUGUUUCAAAUACCGGUCCCUCAAUACAUAUAUGCUCUAUUCUCUGUUUUUUUGUGUUAGUUUUAAUAUUUUAAAAAUUCAUAUUAAAUAUUUUCUCCUAUUUUUUUUUAAAUCUGACGACAUGGAAUUUUUUUCCAACAUGAUGUAUUUUGUUUUCUAAAAAUAAUUUAAAAUUUUUUUUUGUGUUUCAAUUAAUUUUUUUAUAUACUGCGAUAU